AUGGGUCAUGACAUCCACGCGAGCAUCACCUACAUUCGCCGCGUUUCACUCAAAAUGAUCAUGCUGACCGGGACCGUUGUCUGCCUCGUCGUCUACAUAUGUCCGUUUCGAGCUCUCCGGUCCAGCCGACUGUUCCUUUCCAGAUCUCCGACGGCUUCUUUCCAACGAAAGACUGAUCCAUCAGGCAGAACUCUUCCGUCAUAACUGGUGCGUCGAGACUGAACAGAAGGAGAAACGACUGGAAAUCAACGAGGUACGCUGGACGUCGAUGCUGCCUUGUGAUCUGAUGAGGUUUACAGAAGAACCGCCUGUUCGACACUUCUCUCCUUGAGGAAAACAUUGACGAUCCGAGCGAUCCAAGUGAGAACUUUGAAGUCGGGGCUGCUUUUGGAAAGUUUGAAUGUUUUAAGAUUCUGCCGGCUCCCCCCAUUUGACGAACACUGAUGACGCGGAUGGAGAUGGUAAUGAGAACUGUAUAAUUGGGAAGAAACCGAAUUCCAUUUCAGAAGAGCUGCUCGGACUCCUUCCGCGUGACAAACUCGCGGCGUUCCCCAAUCCGAUCCGAAUGAGAGUUGGAUGUUACAUGUUAGUUUUAUUCGAAAUUGGUUCGUACAAAGUUUUGUCGUUCAGUCUUCUGAUUAUCACGAUGAUUCUGAUUUGGCUCUUACUGCUCUGCGAGUACACUUUCUCCACAACCGGACAGAACAGUCGUCGGGUGCUCAGUGACGAUAACUUUUCGUUCGCUCGACUUCUCGAAAUCCUGAAGGCACAUAACAGAGUGAUGGAUGUCAAAGGUAAUGGCGACGACUGAAACGGGGUCCCCAGUAAUUCACCGUGAUUUCAGCGGGUCAAAGUGGAUAUCAGUGGAUGCACAAGUGUUUCGGACAAAUGGAAGAUCUGAAGUCGGCGCUGAGCAGCAGUGUGAUGACCACGAUCAAAGUUUUCGUGUGGGAACGGAGUCUCGGCGCCAGCAUCGUGCCCAUUUCCGUUCCCAUUCUCUCGCUCGCCCUUCUCAUGGAUCUUGCCAUUCAAGGCGUCUACUUCAGCCGAAUGGACCACAAAACGAAAGAGACCAACGGAAGUGAGACGGUCCUUUGCUCAGCUAGGUACACUUUAUGUUUUCAGAAACGUACAUUUACUUGUACAAUGUCAGCUACCAGUUCCUGCUCUCCUUCUUCGUUUUCACCAUAUUCUCGGCGUCCUCACUGAUGGCCGAACAGUACUUUUCGAGGCCCGAUCGGCAUGUAAUCUGCCCGGGAGAUGAGCGAUACUGCACAAAAUAA